AAUGAAACAUUUUUACUUAUUUUGUUGUUCUCUACUGUUACCCUGUGCGGCUGAAAUUGAGUUUCUACUAGCCGUUUGGAGACACGGAGAUCGAGCACCGGAGAACCUACCAUAUCCAAGCGACCCUCACAACGAGACAUUCUGGCCCCGCGGAUGGAACCAACUGACAAAUGUUGGCAUCGACCAAGCAACAAAACUCGGAAAAUUUCUACGACGACGCUAUCAAGGGUCAGUACUUCCCGUGUUUGACCGAAAAAAGAUAAGUAUUCGCUCAUCUGACGCGGAUCGUGCGAUUGAAACUGCCCAGUCAGUGGCGACUGCCUUAUUUCCACCAGAUGGAUUGCAAGUUUGGAACGAAGAAAAAUUUAGAUUUUGGCAACCAAUUCCCAUAAGAACAAAUGGAAAGCCUGAUCCUAUGUUACGUCCCAGCAAAAUUCAAUGUCCUGCAUAUCAGAGAAUAGUUGCAGAAGAAAGAAAGAAAAUCGAAUCAGAAAUCAAUGUAAAAUACAAGAGGGAACUUGAAAUUAUUUCAAAUCACACUUCUCAUCAAACAAAAUACGGAAAUAUCAAAGAUGUUUACAAUGUCAUACUGGAACACUACAAUGGGCUUCCUUUUCCUAACUGGAUAGAUGAAAAAGUAAAUGGAAAGAGCCUUCUCGAUACCAUUGCAGAAAUAAGAAGAAUCGCGAGAUUACAGUUGUUUAAUAGCAGAGCAAAAGCAAAGUUCAUGGCGGGCUACCUCAUCAACAGUUGGACUGAAAGCUUGGUGUUAGCUUCGCAACAUAUCAGCCCAAAAAAAGCGUUACUAUAUUCGUCGCACGACGGAACAUUAUCUGCUCUCAUGUAUGGAUUGGGAAUCAGUAAUCAUCAAUUGAUUCCAUAUACUGCUUGUAUUAUGAUUGAGUUGCACACAGGAAAUAAUGUAAAGAUAUACUUUCGCAACACGACAACAGAAAACCCAGAUGACGUGCACGAAAUGUUUGUUCCAGGAUGUUCGACUGAUUGUCAUCUUUCCAAAUUCAUCAAAUCGGUGAAUGGUGUACGAGUCAAGAGUCUUGAGCAUUUGGAAGAUAUAUGCGAAUCAGCCUUCUCCCGUCAGUCAACCUUGAUUUUUGCCAUCAUUUUCGUCAUGCUUUUGAUUUUGUGAUUUAUCGCUGUACAUAUACAUUCCAAUUGCUCGAAAAAUUGGUUUUAGCUGAUAACAUUCGAGAUUAUUUUUCAACUUAUUUUUUCCUGCCAGUAUUUUAUUUUUUGUUUGACUGUUUUUCAAAUUUUGGAUAAAUUCUUUUUUGAAA